AUGGAUCAGUCAAUGUCUACUCAGGAGCAGCAGCUCUGUCAGCUGCUCGCGGACCUACCGUCUCGAUUCCACUACCGUUUCACAGACGAGGCCAAGCAGGAGCUGCUUCGCAGCUUGUUCCUGUUUCUGACUGGUGGCAAGGAUGACUAUAUGCGUCUGCUGUUUCCGGAUGGAAAACCUCCAGUCUCUCUGAGACUCAGUGAUGCUCAGGGCGCCCUGGAAGGUGCCGAGUACAGCGAGGCAGCGCGAGGCAAACGCUGUGGCCAUAUCUUCAAGGCCGGCGAAGCUUCAUACAUGUGCAGGACCUGCGGGACAGAUGAGACCUGCUGUCUUUGUAGCAGAUGCUUUGACUCAACCGAUCAUACCGGGCAUAUGGUUCGUAUAUCAAUUUCAGUCGGCAAUAGUGGAUGCUGCGAUUGUGGCGAUGAUGAAGCUUGGAGGACGCCUUUAUUCUGUACCAUACACUCCGAUAUACACUCAGGAACACACAAAGGCAAGGGAAGAGAGGCUGCGAGCCUACCAGAUGAUAUCACAUCUAGCAUUCGAAUGACCAUCGGGCGAGCCUUUGACUACAUAUGCGACGUUAUAUCCUGUUCGCCGGAGCAGCUUCGUCAAGCGAAAACGAAGGAGUCCAUUGAAAAGGACGAAGUGGUAUCGAGACUAUCAUCUUCCUACUACAACUCCACGGCCGAUCAAUGCGAUGAAUACGCACUUAUUCUCUGGAAUGAUGAAAAGCACACAGUGCAAGAAGUGGAAGACCAAGUCGCUCGCGCGUGUAGAAAAACGAGGCGACAAGCUUCUCGAGAUGCUUGGGAAACGGACUCCAUGGGUCGCAGUCUUCUGAAAUACAGCCAUGAUAUCAACGAGCUGCUGCAAAUGUCACGGAUCUUAGAAGCUAUUCGGAUCACAGUUACACUCCGAUCUGCCCGAGACACGUUCCGAGAGCAGAUGUGUGGCGCUCUUAUAGAGUGGCUGGGUGAUAUUUCCGGCUGCUCUGUCGGGUCAGACCACAACAUUCUGCGUAAUACAGUCUGCGAAGAGGUCAUGAAGCCAUGGAAACAAGGUAGCUCUGCUACGCACACACUUGGACUCAUUGACGAUGAAGAUGAGGACGACCAAUAUAUGAUGUCCAGAGCUCGACUUCAAGGCGUAAACGCGCACUUCAUUCUUGCCCUCCAGGCUACAGCAGGAGGUGUAGGCGUUGACGCGGACGAUGAAUCUGACGAGGAUGCUAUCGAUGAUACUGGGUUUGACGACUUCAUGGAAGAGGCCGACGACGACGAGAAUGCCUCACGUGGAGGCUCAGUAGUGGGAGGUGGUGAUGAUGACGAUGAAGAUGUCAUGAUGGUCGACCCUAGAGGCGAUGUUGGCGAUUUGAACAUGAACUGGAGCCAAUCGGAUCAAGCCCUGGAAGAAGAUGAGGCUACCAUGGCCGGGUAUCCGCCGCCGCCGCCGCCACCGCCUGUGCCGGCAUCGACAGCAGCAACGGGGGCGGAGCAAGUGCGGGAAGGCACGCCAUCAGAUUCGGAUCCUGCCGAGGCCAUUCAACCUCCGGCUGCCUACCCCAAGGCGAAUCUCAACAUUCCGCAAACGCCCGGUAAAACAGAAAAGGCUGUACCACGGCCUGGCCCGUACUGGAUCGAGACACCUGCCAGCUACACCCAGCGUGAGACUGUCUCUCCCGCUGAAGACGUCUUCCAGAGAGUUAGACUCGACUGGCUCCUCUUAUUCGAUCUCAGGAUGUGGAAAAAGGCAAGAAAUGACCUUCGCUCCCUGUAUAUCUCCACUGUUGUUUCGGUGCCCGAGUUCAAGCGUGUGCUGGCGCUCCGAUUUGCCAGCCUCUACACCAUACUCGCACAGCUGUACUUGGUUGGCGACAGGGAGCCUGAUCACUCCAUCAUCAACCUUUCUCUACAAAUGCUUACGACCCCUUCCAUUACUGCCGAGGUGGUAGAGCGCGGCAAUUUCAUGAGCAGCUUGCUGGCUAUUCUUUAUACUUUUCUGACGACGCGUCAAGUUGGACACCCAUGGGAUAUCUCUCCUGAUGCGGUCCUGGGCUUUGAAAGUGGCUCCGUGACGAAUCGACGAAUGUACCACUUUUAUCAAGACCUCAAAUAUCUCUUUGGGUCUCCUCAUGUUCAAGAGCGAGUGCGCAGCGAACCGAGAUAUCUGAUGCAGUUCCUUGAUCUGGUCAAAUUGCAUCAAUGCAUUGGUCCCAACGUCCGCGCAGUGGUAGAGCACGUCGAAUACGAAGCCGAUUCUUGGAUCACUGCCUCUCUUGUCACCCGUCAGAUCAAUCUCCAAGCACGAAAUCUUGCUGAAGCUUUCAGAGACUGUCCCCCGGACGAAAUCUCUUCUCUUCAGCGUGCCAUCCGUUUCACCGCCAAGACUGUCAUUCUUAAUGCCAUUGGUGCUGAUCGUCUGCGAUUUAAGCAAGGCGAAAUCAAGGAAGAGGUGAAGUUCAAGACUCUAAACGACUUUGAAUUUGACUUCGACUCGGCGACGUACCAAGUGGUCCAAUUUGUGGUCGAGAAAGACCAAAUAAGCUUUCAUCAUGCUCUCCAUUACACUCUAUCUUGGCUGAUCGAGUGCGGUCGGUCGUUACCCGCGUCCGAUAUCAAGACAUUGAUGAGCUUCACUUUGCAAGAGCUCAAGGCAAAGCCAAGACUAAUGGGACGACCACAAGUUCCCAAGGCUGAGUACACAGCGGAAGACUAUCUGAUGGCUGCCUUUGACUAUCCCCUGCGAGUAUGUGCUUGGCUGGCACAAAUCAAAGCCAACAUGUGGGUUAGAAAUGGUAUCAGUCUUCGUCACCAAGCGAGUACCUACAAGGGUGUUUUGCAGCGAGACGUUUCGCAUCAUCGCGAUAUCUUCCUCUUGCAAACCGCCAUGGUAAUCUGCAACCCUAGCCGAGUUCUUGCAUCAAUAAUUGAUCGCUUCGGCAUGGAAAAGUGGGUAAAAGGCUUGUUUGAACUCAAGUCAGAAGCACAAGACGACAAUCAGCAUCUUGAUGUUGUGGAGGAUAUGAUUCAUCUCCUCAUUGUGCUACUCAGUGAUCGCACAUCAUUGAUUGCUAGUGAGGAUGAGCCGAACGCUCGCAUAUUGGCCAUGCGUCGGGAUAUCACUCACGUGCUGUGCUUCAAGCCGCUGUCUUUCAAUGAGAUUUGCAACAAGCUGCCCGAAAAGUAUCAAGAGCAAGAAGAUUUCCACAACGUGCUGGAUGAAAUGGCCACCUUUAAACCUCCUGAAGGUGUCUCCGAUGUUGGCACAUUCGAGUUGCGACCCGAGUUCAUACAAGAGAUCGAUCCAUACAUUGCACAUUACAACAAAAACCAGCGGGAGGAAUCCGAAAAUGCAUAUCGCAAGAAGAUGGCCAAGAAGACCGGCAAGUCGGUAGAAGAAAUCGUCUACGAACCGAAGCAUCACCCAAUCCCCUCCGGUCUGUUCAAAAACUUGGGUCAAUUCACAGGGACGGGAAUGUUCGCACAGAUCAUUUAUUACUCGUUACUGUACCCGUUGGUUGCCGAAAGAUUUACGCCGUCCGUUCCUGUUACGAGACUUGAAACAUUUUUGCAGGUUGUCUUGCAUCUCAUGUUGAUUGCCAUACACGAAGAUACAUCAAGUGACGAGGUUCAGACGGAAGACGAGCCGAAUUCAUUUGUGCAUAUUGCGCUAACUAGGGCAUCAAGAGGAAACUUCAUGCCUGAUGCCCAAAGCGCCAGAACUAUUGUCUCCCUCCUGCACAUGCUGUCCACCAAAGAGGCUUUUAAAUCUUCUCAUCCUAAAAUCUCGUUGGUGCUGAAGCGUCUGAAGCAGCGUCGUCAAAGUGCCUUUCAGGCAUCGCUUAUCCACCUUGGUAUCGCUGUUGACCGGCUUGACACCGCGUCACCUGCCAAUGUUUCUGCGGACGAGGAACGAGAGAGGCGAAAGAAGGCGGCGCUCAGCCGCCAGGCAAAGGUCAUGGCCCAGUUCCAGCAGCAGCAAAAGAGCUUUAUGGAAAACCAGGGGGGUGUUGACUGGGGCUCUGAUUUAGAGGAUGACGAGGAGCUGCAGCCUGCUGAGGAUCGUAAGCACAAUUGGAAGUACCCCACUGGUACCUGCAUUCUGUGCCAGGAGGAAGCUGAUGACCGCAAGCUCUACGGUACAUUCGCGCUAUUCAACAACAGCCGCAUUCUCCGGCAAACCGACUUCCAAGACCCCGAGCUAGUGCGAGAAGCGUCUCAGACUCCAUGCAGUCUCGAUCGUUCUGCCGAGGAUAUUCGCCCCUUUGGUAUUGCCAGAGAGAACAGAAAGAUGGUGGAAAAGCUCAACUCUGAUGGUCAAACAUUUUUGGCGGAGCGACAAACAAUUGGCAAGGGUUUCGAUGCGAAAUUCUCUCGGCCUGGGCCUGUGGCCAGUGGAUGUGGACAUAUGAUGCACUUUCGCUGCUUCGAACAAUAUUAUGAGGCGACAAACCGCAGGCAUACUCAUCAAAUUGCGCGCCAUCACCCAGAAGACACUCGUCGCAACGAAUUUGUUUGCCCUUUAUGCAAAGCUUUGGGUAACGCAUUCUUGCCAAUCGUCUGGAAGGGCUUAGAGGAGUGCUAUCCGGGCUAUCUCCAGCCUCAGGACACGUUUGAGGAUUUCUUAGCCAAACAAAUGGGGUCCGCUUAUUGUCUGGGCGGUAGUAAGGCGCCUGAGCUUGAUGAUUCCAAUAUUCCUGCCCUAUAUACCCCCAGUGUUCCCGGUAGCCUCGUGGAAAUAAUACGGCAGCCACAGCAGUCCACGGACGCCUCAUGGGGUCGGGGCGAAGCCGAACCAUCUCCCAGUUCAUCAGCAGAGGUAUCAACUCCGUCAGGAGAGGCGUCUGCUCCCUCUGGCCACACACUUCCGGCUGCGAGUAACUCGCAAAUCUUCAGCGAAUUGAGGGCUGCGUAUCGGCGACUACGAGAGACGCUUCGACUCAACGACCUUGACGCCCGGCACGUGGCCGACACCAAGGCAGAUGACAUGGAAGAGUUCCACUUGAAUGGUACUCUAGUUCACUCUGUGGGUUAUACCAUUUCCUCUGUUGAGAUCCAACAGAGAGGAAUAGAGGCGCAGCCAGGCAUGACCCUUUUAGAAAAGAUUCCAGAGCAAACUCUUACCCACCUCCGUGUCUUGUCCGAGACAGUCACGUCAUUUAUGGCGGUCAUGGCACGCUCAGAAAAGCAGAUUGAGACCGACUUCAUCAAGGACUCAGAACGUCAGCACUGCGAACUAUUCAUCUCGCGAUACUUUGGUACAGGAACACCUCAUGCUCGCAGGCCAUUGGAUGUCUACCCACCGCUUCUAAGCAUGGACCCUUUCAUCUUCCUGGUUGAGUGCUCGUAUGUCUUUGUUCCUGUGCAUGAGGUUGAGAUUUUGCAUGUUUUGAGGCUCUGUUACCUUGCCGAGCUUGUCAAGAUUGUCUUCCACAUGGGUCGAAACAUAUCCACGGACACGUGGCUGUGGAAUCUAAGCAAUAGACAAACACAAGACCCUGCUAUCAACAAUUUUGCAGAGUUCGCUCUGAGCAUUACAAAAUACGCACUCGAAUUCCAGGCUCUGACUUCCCAAGAAACUGAAGGCGGAGAGCACCGUGGCUUCCAGCAGCCUGGCGUCGACUCUCUCGAGGGCUGGUACACUUUUGCCAAGAAGUACGCUCUCACAUUUUUGCGCAAGUCUUUGGUAUUCCUCCAUGUGAAAUAUGGGGUGGACUUCAACAGUCACAUUUCGCCAUCACCCGAAGCAGAUGAGCUCGAUCGGUUGACGGAGGCGUUGCGCAUUCCCACUUUCGACGAGAUGUGUGCAGCCAUGACUCCCAACGCUGGGGCUUGCGGCUGGCCUGAGACAGCACAGACGCUAGUUUCCGGAUGGGUUAAGCAUCAAGUCAUGUGGCCCCGAGCCUACAAUGAAGUGCCGCGUUCAGGUAUGAUGAGCCAUCCGGGCAUUUUCGAGCUCAUCGGCCUACCUAAGACGUACGACACUUUGAUCGAGGAGGCGACUCGGAACCGGUGUCCCACAACUGGCAAAGAUCUGACAGAUCCUGUGCUCUGCAUGUUUUGCGGAGCUCUUUUCUGCAGUCAAGGAACCUGUUGCCAGCGCACAGAUACCUCUGACAGAGAAUCAACUAGACUCGGAGGCGCGCAACAGCACAUGCGAAGGUGCCAACAAAAUAUCGGUGUAUUCCUCAACAUCCGAAAGUGUUCCAUUAUUUAUCUCUUUCGACGCUCUGGAUCGUUUACUCCAGUACCUUAUAUCGACAAGUACGGUGAGACUGACCCUCAGUUGCGCCAUGGACGACAGCUUUUCUUGAAUCAGAAGCGAUACGACUCUAUGAUUCGCAAUACAGUGUUGAAUCACGGGGUUCCAAGCCUAAUCAGCCGCAAGUUGGAGGCUGAAAUCAAUAAUGGUGGUUGGGACACAUUGUAA